CAUGGACAUGGUUGCUCGGCUAGCGCCAACACUAACACUGUGCAUGAGAGCAGACUACCCCUGCUUGUCCAUUCGGCAAACUGCUGGCUAAGAAGGUCGACGUCUCGAGAAAACAUAUACAGUUAUAAGUAAAGAUUUUACUUUCCUCCAAAUGGUCAGAUCGGCUUGAGAGGAUUUAUGGACGAGAGUUAAAAUGGCGGAGCAUUCUCGUGACCAGGGGCCAGUUGAUCAUGAUGAGGGGAACAAGGCUGCAGGAAGAGUGGAAACUCAGGAGCAAGACAAUAACGACCAGUCCGUAGACAUAGACGAUGUUUACAGUCGGCUGCAGGGAUUGGUGCACCGGACCGAGGCUGUGGUUGACAGGUUAUCCGACCUGGAUACAGACAUGGUUACCAAGGCAACGGAGAUGGUAACUGUAGUAAGGAGACGACAUUACAGUGAUGACGACAUCCCCGACUUGUUCCGAUCUCUCACGAAAGUUACCGACGCUGGGGAUGAUGAGAGCAGGAGGAACUCGCUACUUCGCUCCUACUCAUUAAACGAAGAAGAUUUAGUUUCAGUAGACUCGAUCAAGUUGGAGUACAAGAGGAACAGCUUAGUGCCAGAUCCGAACUUCGGUGCUAGCCGGAAGCUUUUAACCCAGGAAACCCCGUCUGUUGAUGAGAUGACAGGUUUGUCAACGAAGCCCUACCGAGACAAAUCGGAACUGCAGCUGCAGUCCCGCAUGGACAGGAAAAACAACCGACUGUGGUUCCAAAACAGGAUGGGUGACGUCAUACUGCUGGAAGAACACGACAUGAAGGAGGUCUUUGAAACGAAGCUUUAGACGUCAUAGAAAUGUGUGCACUGAUGUCAGAAUAUGCAGGGCAUGUGCUAUAUUGUAACUCAACAUAUCAUAGCGUAUACAUGGAAAAUAGUUUAUCAAGGGACAUGUUUUACUUGGAUCUGAAAAGCAAGAUAUCAUAUGUAAAUAUUGUACUCUAUUAGCCUAUUGCAAUGUGUAAAUAAUUGGUUGUUUCAGAAAGAAGUAAAAUACAUAUAUAGAAAAUAGUAACCACUGUACAAAAGUUUCGAAACACUUGCAUGUUAAACAAACGUUAGUAAUAAAGAAACAAAAUAAUGAGCUUUGUAAUCGGACAGCUAUUUUAAUUAUCUAAAAAUAAGUUCGUUGUUGUUUUCAUUGUUAGUUGGGCGUUUCAGUGGUCUGUUUGCCUUGAUGCUCUCAAAUGUUACGUUUGUCAGAAAAUAAUAGAACAAAUGUGUGUAAGCUAGACUUAAAGUGACUUAGAAAGAUGUGACAUUCCAGAAAAUGACAGGGAAAUCAUUCAAGCAACGACCUCGUACGAGGGAUGAGGAAACUGCAGCAGACGUCUAAAUUUAAUUUACUGCAAAUAAUUCUCCCUACAAGGGCACGUUGUCAUAUACCACGACCUGAACAUGUUUGCAAACCGUGCGUAACCGCCAAAAUGUCCAGGAAUGCCACUGCUCUUGGUAGUGUAGUCUGCCAUGUCGACUAAACACAUGUGGCAAACAUACGAUACACACUUGUCCCGGCUUCAGGCACAAGGUCACAGAGUCGUAAAUUAGAACCGCCUCCCCAAAUGCCUUGCCACGUGCGGUCAGUGAACCCUAAAGGACACGUUUGUUCAAUUAAUUUUCUUUUCUUUGAAUGGUACAGGAACUUGGCUUUAUG